GCCCCUGAACAGAACAAAUCCAAGCAGAAGACACCUGAACCAGAGCCGUCUCAGCAGCAGGAUAAGACUGUUCAGGAACAGCACAAUCCACAAUUGUCUGACCAAGGUCGUCAGGCAUCCGAUCCUCGCACUGUCGUCCAAUUUAGCUCACAGAAGUUGACUAAAGACUCAGUGCGAGGACUGGCUAAGCGCCCUGCCAAGAAGGCAAGGAGGAUUGGCAGUAUGACGGGCUUGUUAUCUGGACAGACACCCGUCGGGAGUAGGCAGAGGGUGGCUUUCAAGACCCCACGGUCAGAGAUUUUGAGGAUGAUCAAGAACGUUGAGUAG